AUGCUCGUCCCUACCUCUGACAUUCCACACCUUCGCAAGACGGAAAUUGGCCAGCAACUUAUUGUCAAUGGCAGGCCUUUUCUUUCUUUAGCGGCUGAGCUGCAGAAUUCCUCUUUGACUUCGGCGGAGUAUAUGGAUACUGUCUGGCAGAAGCUUGUUGACACUCAUAUUAAUACUGUGCUGGGAUGCGUGACCUGGGAGGACAUUGAGCCAGUGGAGGAUGAGUUCAGCUUCACCGAGUUGGACAAGGUGAUUCUUGGAGCUAGGAAGCAUGGACUACACCUUGUGUUGUUGUGGUUUGGAUCUUUCAAGAAUGGUAUUUCUACAUACGUACCCCCGUGGGUAAAGACAAACACCAAGCGGUUCCCUCGAGCGAAGCUACGCAAGGCCGGCGGUGUACUCCAGACCGGCGAUGUGCUGUCCAUUUUCCAUGGGGAAGGAUGCAAAGCCGAUGCCAAAGCGUUCUCACGCUUGCUGGCUCAUAUCAAAGAAGUGGACGGGGCUCAUUCGACUGUGCUGAUGGUCCAAGUCGAGAAUGAGACUGGCUUGCUGGGUGAUUCUCGUGAUGGCUCUGCUGUCGCUGAGAAGCGAUUCCUCGAGCCUGUUCCGGAGGAUCUGGUGCAGUUCCUAAAGAAGGACUGGGAAGCGCUCCAGAUUGAUCUUAAAGGCAACUUGGAUUAUUUCCAGACCCAGGCUAGUACCCGUGGAACAUGGGAACAGGUCUUUGGCAAAAGCCCUCAUACCGAUGAGCUCUUCAUGGCGUACCACUACGCCAAGUAUCUCAACCAGGUUGCUGCAGCUGGCAAGAAAGAGUACCCUAUUCCAUUCUAUACGAAUGUCUGGCAGAACUACGUCGGCGAAGACGGCGAUAAUACUUUCCCAGUUGUCGUCGGUGGAGGUGGACAUCCAGGUGAUUACCCAUCUGGCGGUGGCACCAGCAACGUUCUUGAUAUUUGGCAGCAAUUUGCACCAUCGCUGGACUUUAUUGCACCGGACGUCUACCUCAAUGACUACGCAAUCUCCUGCCGUAAAUACCGACACCGGAGCCAGCCGCUCUUCAUCCCUGAGCAGCGUCGGGAUGAAUACGGGGUCCGACGUAUCUGGGUAGCAUACGGAUCGUUCCAAGCCAUUGGAGUCUCGCCCUUUGGCAUCGACACCUUGGAGCCUGCCACAAACCCAUUCACCAAACACUAUGGACUCCUAGACUCAGUAUCCCAAAUUGUGUUAGACGCUCAGACCAGGCCGAAUGCCUCGGUUGGUUUCUUCUUCGACGAGCUAGCCACGGAUGGCUCAGAUCCGUCCAGUCCGGUGAUCAAGCACUGGGCCGGCUACGAAAUCACCAUUGAGCGCUGCUUUGUCUUUGGCAAAGCCGGACCGGGCGCAGGCAUGGUCAUCCACCGAGGCGGAGGAAAAUUCCUUCUGAUCGGAUGGGGCUUCCAAGUCCGUGCACGCUCUUUGAGUCCUACGAGCAGCUUCACCGGCUUCUUGCGGUUUGAAGAGAAGAUGGUCGCGAACAAGGAAACGGGAGAGUUGCGGACUCUGCGUGUUCUGAAUGGCGAUGAGACUCGGAGUGGAAUCUAUGCUAUGAUGCCCAAUGAGGAACCUGAUUACGGGGGAUUCCCCAUUUGUGUUACUAUCCCCGCGCGCACGAUGAUCGCCGAAUUGGAGGUGUACUCCGUGGAUGAGACGGAUGACGAGUAG